AUGGCCAGCGAAAUCGACAUCUUCAAUGAAUACCCUCUCCACCUAGACCCCGCCUCCAAGGCGCUCUCUCUCCUCCCCUCCACCAGCCAAACACCCGCCCAAGCCGCCGCCAUCACCACCGAAUUGCAAGAACUCAACCUCCUCCACCGCAACCUCAUCAGUCUCGACCCGCCCAACAUUCCCCCGGCCCCGCUUCCCGUGAACCCCAAGCGCAGCGCCCAGAUCACCAAACUUCGCGACAGCGGCAACGCCGCCUACCGCAAGUCCAACUACACUGAGGCUGUGCGCCUCUACACCUACGCUAUCGAGAUGGGCCUCUCCCGCCCGGGCUGGGAACCUGUCACCCUGGCCCGCGAGGAGCUGGCCGGCUUGUUUGGGAACCGCGCGCAGGCGCAGAUGGGCCUGCAGGCGUGGCCGGAGGGCUUGGUCGAUGCCAAGGCGAGCGUGGACUCGAAACCCGUGGGGAACGUCAAGGCGUGGUGGCGCCUCGCUAAGUGUCUGGCAGAGAUGAACCGGUAUGCGGAGGCGCGGACGUUUUUAUUGAAGGGGUUGGAGAUUGAGGGGCGGACGUCGGAUGGUGGGAAAGAAUUGUUGCAAUUACUGGAGGAGGUCGAUGCUGCCCUGGAGCGGUCGUGA